AUGGAGUCUUCUGGACUUUUGAGAAUCCUGGUGAUAUCCAUCCUUCUAGUGAAUGUCCAAGGACCUGGUCUGAGUGACUGGCUCUUUCCCAGGAGAUGCCCCAGGAUCCGAGAGAAAUGUGAAUUCAAAGAAAGGGAUGAAUGUACGAAGGACAGUCAAUGCCUGGACAACAAGAAGUGUUGCGUCUUCAGCUGUGGGAAAAAAUGUUUAGACCUCCAACAAGACAUAUGCAAUAUGGCAAAAGAACCUGGCCCCUGCAUGGGUUUUUUCCGUCGUUGGUGGUAUGAUAAGAAAAAUAACACCUGCUCCAGCUUCAUAUAUGGUGGCUGCCAAGGAAACAAUAACAACUUCCAAACCAAGGCCAUGUGCCAGAAUAUCUGCCCCAAAAAACGGAUAUGUCCCAGAAUCAGAGUAAAAUGUGAAAUUGAUGAAAUGAACCAAUGUGCGAAGAGCAGAGAUUGCCCAGAGAAGAUGAAGUGUUGCAGAUUCAACUGUGGAAAGAAAUGUGUAGACGUCAGCCAAGUUUUUGGAGAACAAGAAGUCAUUGGCUCUUCCAAUGACACCAAAAGAUGGAGAAAGGGGUAUGAAAAUCCUGCAAAUUGA